GCGCAUCGCUACUCGCACGGCUCGCGAGCUCCGAGUGAAGGCGAAAAAAUCUGAAGAAGCAGAAAGAAAACGAGUGGAAAGAAAAACAACAAAAACAGGAUUUCGGAGAACGGACAAAGCGACAGGAGGGAGAGAAGUACGCGUUAUUGUGUUCGUGUAUACUCUUCAGCUCUUUUUUUCUGUUCGCAAACAGCGAAAGGACUCUGAAAACAACAACGUUUUCAGUGAGUUUUUAACGGACGUUAACGGUAACGUUAGCUCGGAUAGUCGGUUAACGUUAGCAGGUCGGGAGGUGCUGUGUUAAACGCCGAAAGUUUACCAAAGCUUAAGCAGGCAAGUUGAUAACCUAACGGUCCUGUUUUGUUUAUGUCUUAUGUUGCAAGUUUCACCGUUGCUAGCUUAAACACUGCGAGAGAAAGAGAGGAGAGACUAACUACAUCUCCUCUCACCAGGAGACAAACUCACUCCUUCGUUUCUCCGUGCUAGUUUGUGUGAACGGUGCCGUCUGACUAACUGAAGGGAAAAACUGCUCCACGAACCGCUCAGCAGCCGUUAUUUGCCGUUGAAAUAGUAUCAUUCAUACAGCCGAAGCCUGUCUGAGCUCGUUAGCUAGCUAACGUUAACUUAAGCGAUGAAGAAGAGGAAACUGCACUGAUUCAAACUCGGGUUUGUAGUAGAAGUGUGAUGUGAUGUUUUGACUUCCUUUUCUUUGCAUAUUUAGCUUCACUAAACCAUUUAACAACAAACAGUAAGGACACAUUUGUUUUGAACUGUACGAAGCAGUUUGUACGCUGGAAUGUGCGGAGGCACCAGCGGUUCAUCUGAAACGGAGGACUGAAUGAAGUGGAUUCAGCCGUGUUGAUUUUGGGAUUGAGUCGCAGCUUUGUUUAUUUAUUUUCUUUCAGCUAAGUAAGAAUCUGAGCUUUGUUUUUGUCCUAUGGACCGCAAGUCCAGUUUUCGCUGCGCUGACAUUUAGGACGGUCAGCGUGUCUUCUCUGGAUCUCAGGCCGAGCGCGGAGCUGCCAAACCCGGAGUGCUGAGCUCGCUCUGCCCGCCGCCCGCGAUGGAGGAGUGGAGGCAGUGCGGCCGCUGGCUCAUAGACUGCAAGGUUUUGCCCCCCAACCACCGGGUCGUGUGGCCCUCUGCAGUCGUCUUCGACUUGGCCCAGGCGCUUCGAGAUGGGGUGCUCUUGUGCCAAAUGCUGCACAACUUGUCCCCAGGAUCCGUGGACUUGAAGCAGAUCAACUUCAGGCCCCAGAUGUCACAGUUCCUGUGUCUAAAGAACAUCCGCACGUUCCUCAAGGUGUGCCAUGACAAAUUUGGACUGAGAAACAGCGAGCUCUUUGAUCCCUUCGACCUGUUUGAUGUCAGGGACUUCGGGAAGGUGAUCUCCGCCCUGUCCAGAAUCUCCCACCACAGUAUUGCUCAGAUCAAAGGCAUCAGGCCUUUUCCAUCAGAAGACACAGCUCUGAAUGAAGAUGAUGUCUACCGGAGCUUGGAGGAGCUGGCAGAUGAACACGAUGUGGGGGAGGACGACAUCUAUGACUGCGUGCCAUGUGAAGAUGAAGGAGAUGAUAUCUACGAGGACAUCAUUAAGGUGGAAGUUAGACAGCCCAUGAAAAUGGGCAUGACUGAGGACGACAAGAGGAACUGCUGCUUGGUGGAGAUCCAGGAGACCGAGGCGAAGUACUACAAGACACUGGAGGACAUUGAGAAGAGUUACAUGAUACCCCUGAAGCAGGUCUUAACUCCACAGGAGAUGGAGGCCAUCUUUGUUAACCUAGAGGAUAUCAUCAAAGUCCAUUUUGCCCUGCUGAGAGCCAUUGACCUGAACAUGGUGAGCGGAGGCAACGGCCUGGGAAAGAUCUUCCUAGACUUCAAGGAGAGGCUGCUGAUCUACGGCCAGUACUGCAGCCACAUGGAGCAUGCUCAGAAGACCCUGGACGAGCUCAUUGCCACACGGGAAGAUGUGAAAAGUAAAGUGGAGGAAUGCACCAUGAAAGUUCAGGAGGGCAAGUUCAAACUGCAGGAUCUACUGGUGGUUCCGAUGCAGAGGGUCCUAAAAUACCACCUGCUGCUCAAGGAGUUAGUGAGUCAUUCAACAGACCGACCAGAGAGACAGCAACUGAAGGAAGCCCUGGAAGCCAUGCAGGACCUUGCCAUGUACAUCAAUGAAGUCAAAAGGGACAAUGAGACCUUGAAGAAAAUCAGUGAAUUUCAGAGCUCAAUUGAAAAUCUGCAUGUGAAACUGGAGGAGUAUGGGAGGCCAAAGAUAGAUGGAGAACUGAAAGUCUGCUCUAUAGUUAACCGGACCAAACAGGAUAGGUACAUUUUCCUAUUUGAUAAAGUAGUGAUUGUGUGCAAGAGAAAAGGCUACAAUUACGAGCUGAAGGAGAUCAUUGAGCUACAGUUUUACAAGAUGUCAGACGACCCCAUGAACAACAGAGACAUGAAAAAGGCCAGUGGAAAAAUGUGGUCCUAUGGCUUCUACCUGAUCCAUCUGCAGGGCAAACAAGGCUUUCAAUUCUUCUGUAAGACAGAAGACACUAAAAGAAAAUGGAUGGAACAGUUUGAAAUGGCCAUGUCGAACAUCAAGCCAGAAAGAGCUACGGCCAACCAGCACAAUUUCCAGAUGCACACUUUUGAGAAGAACACCAACUGCAGGGCUUGUAAGAUGCUGUUGAGGGGGAUAUUCUACCAGGGUUACUACUGUUCACGCUGUGGGGCUGGAGCCCAUAAGGAGUGCUUGGAGGUCAUCACCAUCUGUAAAAUAAGUCCCCAUGAUUUGGAGCCUGGACUUCCACAGUCAGGUCCGAAGAUGGUGGCUAUCAGAAACUACCAUGGCACACCAGCCCCUCCAGGCAAAACCCCUCUCACCUUCCAGACCGGGGACGUCAUCGAGCUCCUGAAGGGAGACCCAGACACUUCGUGGUGGGAGGGAAGGCUCAUUCAGACCCUGAAGACUGGCUAUUUCCCGAGCUCCUGUGUGAAGCCGUGUAUAGACCCCAAGCCAUUUCUGUCUUGUCCCAGCCGUCAGUCCUCAAGAGAUAUGGAUUACUGUGUUUAUCCAUGGUUUGCAGGGAACAUGGAGAGGCAGCAAGCUGAUAACCUCCUGAAGUCUCACAGCAGCGGCACAUAUCUGAUCAGAGAACGGACUGCAGAGGCCGAGCGGUUUGCCAUCAGCAUCAAGUUUAAUGAUGAAGUAAAACACAUUAAAGUCAUAGAGAAAGACAACUGGAUUCACAUCACAGAGGCAAAAAAGUUUGAAAGUCUCCUGGAGUUGGUUGAGUAUUAUCAGUCUCACUCUCUGAAAGAGAGUUUUAAGCUGUUGGACACAACGUUACGAUACCCUUACAAAUCCAGAGAGCGCUCAAACUCUCGUGCCAGCACCCGUUCUCCAGCAGCCUCCUGUGCUUCCUACAACUUCUCCUUCCUCAGUCCUCAGGGCCUCAACUUCUCUUCUCAAAGCUCUGCCCCCUUCUGGUCAGUAUUCACCCCCAGGGUGGUCAGCACGGCAGUGGCCAGAUAUAACUUUGCUGCUCGAGACAUGAGAGAGCUGUCUUUGAGAGAAGGCGACAUCGUCAAGAUCUACAGCAAGAUCGGAGGAGACCAGGGCUGGUGGAAAGGCGAGGCUAAUGGAAGGAUUGGCUGGUUCCCCUCGACGUACGUAGAUGAGGAAGGCGUGCAGUGAAGCUCUGAUGUCACUCUCCAAUCAGAUCACCCUCCCAUCCACAGCCCUCCAACAGAGGACUCUCUUGGUUUCCGUGGGAACACCUUGUGGAAUAUGGUUUUUUGCUGGAAGCUGUAUUUUUCCGUGAAUAUUUGUACUCCUGUUUCUUUGUUCAUCAUGUACGAAUCUGCAUUUUUACCUUUUUUUUUCUUUGGAAAAUGUCCACGUGAUCUCUGUGAAGAAAACUGGAUGGAUUCAUUACUGUUCCUUUCCGAGGGGCUGGUGGAGAAAAUGUGAAAAGUCCAGAACUUUUUCUUGGACAAGUCAAAACCUUCAGCAUGGCAUUGCCAUUUUUUGUGUAAAGAUAGCUAUGAAGAUUUCUGUGGCCAACAGGAGGAGCUGGGGUGGGCAUGUAUAGAUAAUUUAUUCAAGAGAAGUAUCUAUAAAAGAGUGAUGGAAAUUUUAUUGUUAAGAAAGUAACGAGGAAAAAAAUGCACUAUGCAUUCCUUUACAGAGAGAACUUGCCUUAGUAGUUAUACUAAUGCCUUGUGGGCUGACAGGAGUGUUGGUGGGAUUUAUAUGGAAAUUAUGUUUCUGCACACACACACACACACACACACACACACACACACACAUACAUACAUAAACACACCUCUGCCCUGUACAGUAAUAUGGUGCCUUUGAAGUGCAAUCUCAGCUUUCAGAACACGCUCAUACAGGUGCUCCCUGACCCAGGAGUCAGAUGAAAAGGCAGUCAGCCUCUUGCUGCCACGGAACUGGGCCACAGGAAAACAGCAGAGGCCCUGGAACGCCCCCCAUGACUGUAAUUGGACAACCCAAACAAAUCAUCUCUAACACAAUAGAGGAUAGCCAUCUGGAUGCACUGGACCUGUCUAUGUCUCUGGCAUACAGUGAUCAGUUCCGUGUCUGGACCAUGAAGAUCAUCUCCUCAGUGGACAUGAGAAGAAAUGACACCAACACCUGGACCUGUAGUGCCUGUGUAUGGAUACCCUUGUCUGACUUGCACAGACAAGGGAGUUAAAUCCAAGUCAAACCAUCUUUUCUUUUUGUUGACAAAUUGGCUAAAGCAAGGGCAAAUUAAUAACAUUUCAUACUGACAAACACAUUUUUUGUCAAAUAUCCACAGGUUCUAAUUACAUUAACACAUUUUUCUCUCCUUUGCAGUUUAUCAUUGUACAGUAUCUUGCCUUAUUGAUUGGUUGACACAUGGUGCUGCAGUGGUGUAUUUUUAAUCUCUGGAUUCAUGGCAGGAUUCUUGGUGCAGUUGCUAUGGACUAGGAGCCUCAUGCUUUACCUGCGAACCUCAGCCAUCAAGUGCACUUUAUCUGUGAAAUGAGACAUUUGAGAACAGACAGGUUUUAAAAAAAACAUACUCUCUCAGAAUAAGUUCUCAAGUCAGGAGACCAGUGGAUUGCCUUUGAUCAGAAUCCAAGCGCCAUUUCUUGGACUCCUAAACUUCAAGCAACCUGCUGUUGUGUCUUUAUUUCCUCUGGAGGAGAAGGAGUACACCACCAUUUCCCUUCACUCUGUCAAUACUAAAUAUCUGUACAACUCCUACAUAGGUGCACUGAUGUUGGCCCUUCAUUUAAUCUACUGAAAAAUGUUAUAUGUUGCUGUGGUCGAUCAACCAAGACUGGCAAUAUUUCACAGAAGCUGAAAGAUGGCUGGAUGGUGUCUGUCUGUCCAGUGAGAAACAUUCACUGGCUGGUUUCAGGCCUGAGUGGAGCUCUUAACAGUGAAGGAAGAGAUGAUCUCUGGCUUAAGCCUGGACUGGCCAAGGGGCUUCGUUGCUGUUUGUGUAGUGGACAGAAAUCCAUUGCAUGUGGUCAUAGAUAUUACAACUCCUGUCAGUGAUCCAGAAAAAAUUAAAUUGUGUACUUUUUUGAAUGGUCAAUUAUUUCCAAACUGAGGUCUAUCAUGAAAUAAAUAUUUCUUCUUUUGUCUAACA